GGCCAAGAGGACGCACCGCGUAAGGGUAAGGAGAAGAAUGAAGAGAAGGUCAUCAGCUUGGGACCGCAAGUUGCCGAAGGGGAAAACGUGUUUGACGUCUGCCAUAUCUUCGCUUCCUUCAAUGACGCUUUUGUCCAUGUAACUGAUCUCUCUGCCAAGGAAACCAUCUGCCGAGUGACUGGUGGUAUUCAGGUGAAGGCUGAAGACGAGUCUUCGCCCUAUGUUACUAUGUUGGCAGCCCAGGAUGUUGUCCAGCGGUGCAAGGAGCUGUGCAUCACAGCCCUUCACAUGAAGCUGCGAGCUCCAGGUGGAGAUAGGACCAAGACUCCAGGACCUGGUACCCAGUCAGCCCUCGGAGCUCUCGCUCAUUCUGAAAUGAAGAUUGGGAGCAUUGAGGAUAUCACCCCCAUCUCCUCUGACAGCAGUCGCAGAAAGGGUGGUCACCCGGGUCGUCAUCUGUAAACCGUGGCUGGCUUUUGUUUCAUCAUUAAAUCAAAGAAAAAAAAAGGGUGGUGGUGGGGGGGUUGGACCUUAGCAGUGAUGUUUGCUAAGGAAGACAGUCUCCUAGACCAAGGAAUAACCUAAAUUUGUAAUAGUGUGAUGUUGCUAGGAAAGCUUUUAUUGCCACAUGUUUGAGAUUAAUACUUUAAAUGGUGCAGAGCCACAAGGGUAUUAUUCGAAUCUUCUGAAACUCGUGAUAGUAAACAUUAUACCAUUCAUUCUGCAUCACAUUUUGUCCCACUUAAGUUUUUUUAGUUUCCAAAUUUUCUGCUUCAUUAAUCAAGCUAGUUACUAAGAUUCCAGUAUUCUUCCAAUGGGUUUAUUUUAAUGAUAUCCACAAGAACAGUAUAAAGUAAAUCUGUAUUAUAAAUACAAAAGCUUACAUUGUUACAGUUCUUAGUCGUUGACUCUAGCUAUGAGAGUUGCCAAACAAAUCCUGUAAAAUUGGUUUAAAUUUAUAAAGUAUCUUGAGAGACUUUGCUUCCAAAUCUGUUAUUACUAGAAUCAGUGGUUAAAAAUCCUGUUGAGUUGAAUGGCUGUAAUAUUAAGUCUAUCAGGAGUUAAUGUUGCCGAUCGUGAUUAUAUGUUGUAUGUUUCUAUGUGUAAUUUGUUAAAACUGUGAUACGCCUUAGCAUUUAGGCAUUAAAUCGAUUAAACUUCCUUGGAUUUUUUUCUGAA